AUUUUACAUAUAUUCUAUAGGGCCCGAUACAUUGACCGUACCGCACCGUUUCAAUUAGGCGCAGAGAACUAACCGGACAAUAUAUCUCCAGAUCUCAAAUCCCUUCAUCGACCCACCCGCCAUGGCCUCCUGGCCCGCCUCCUCCGAUCGCUCUAAUCAGGAUGCUGCUGCUGCAAUCCGAAGGAGACAACCAGGACAUCAAAUCAAGUUCUUGAUUCCUCUUAUAUAUGCCCCUGUUCUUCCCCUCAUUCGACUCUCAUUGCGGAAGAAUCCGGUUGUGCGGGACCGCUUGUUUACUGCUGUGCUGGUUGGAGCAUUUGCUCAUGGCUUUUAUUUGGUAACUGAUCUGUAUGAUGCUGAGAGCAAGUAAAUUUCAAGAGCAGGUUUGAGAUUAUGCAGUAGCUUACACCAACGCGAGUCGUUUUGCGGGUUCUUUCAGCUCUAUGUUCCAACUGCACCAACAUUUACUUUAGGCUAUUUUGAUACAUCAUUGUCUUAGGAUAAUUUCAGAUUGUCUCCAUCUAUUAUGGAGCUAUACUGAUAACUACAUACUGCAUUUCUUCUUCUUUUCGCUGGCCGGAGAUACAACCACGCAAUCUGUUUUCGGCAUAUAGUUGCUAGUGAAUAAAUACAAACGAGUGAACUUGUUUCGUCAA